UUUCUGUCACAAGCUAGCUUGUGUUUUCUUUCUUUUUUUCUUUUUUUUUCGCUACAUAGACGGAUGGCUUGCUCAACGCGACUUUUAGCUGAAACAGUAUCCACGAGUCCAACUGAUGGCUUCCAAUGAUGGGGAAAAAGGGGCAUUUUACACAUGGAGUGAGGUGGCUUUUUUUCCUGUUCAGAUAUGUUUUUUUAAUUGUGUUUAUAUAGAGGCACACUAAGGAUAUGAAAUCGGGGCAAAGCACAUUAGUGAGGUGGAGUUGAAUCAAAACAAAUGGAUUCUGAAUUGUCAGCAGUACUAGUUAUUAGACUUCUCUUCUUCAACUUUCUUCUUCUCUGGCAACUUGGCAAUGGGAUUAAAGUCAAUAAUGGCACUACAAACAUUAAAGCUAAUGGUGAUAACACUACAAUUGGUGCCCUUACAGAUGCUGAAGCACGUACUCUUCGACUCCUUUUCAAGAGUUUGCAGUCCAAGAACACAACGCAGUCCCCCCUAUCGUAUCCGAUUUGUUCUACCAACAUGGAUGCCGAGAUUCGAUGUUCUUGUGACAGCACCAAAAGCCGAUCAGCUUGUUGGGUCACUGCAAUAAACCUGGCAAGCAAAAUGUUGGAUGGGUUUAUUCACUCUUCAUUAAGUCUCUUUAAAAACUUGAGAGUACUGGACCUUUCAAGCAAUUUCUUAACUGGGUCUAUACCUCCUAGCCUGACAACGUUGCAGAGUCUGAGAAUUCUCAAUCUUGCAGACAACAAUCUUGAUGGUACCAUCCCUUUGAAUCUGUCAGGUUUACAAUCGCUGCGCUAUUUGGAUCUUUCAAGGAAUAAAUUGACUGGACCUAUACCAGACAGCAUAAGUGAUUGUCAAUACUUGAACAUCAUGUAAGUCUUUCUCCUUAAAAACACGAUGAUUUAGAAUUCUGGGCCAUAGCAGAACAUCUUCUACUACUUUUUUUCCUUUUUUGUGUUAUCUUUACUUUCUUUUGUUUAUGGUAUUUUUUUUUCUUUUUCAGAAGCCU